AUGCAAGCUGUCACACCUAUAGAUGUUCAUGUUGAAAAUGAAUGGCAUGACAGUCGUCAUAAUGGAUCAUAUGUUAAAAAAAGUACUUCAACAGUAAAUCGUGGAGGACGUCAAGCAAUUCGAAUGCGUACAUGCGUAACAAAUAAAACAAGGCCUAGUAAAACAAAGUCUUUGCAUAUUCCUCAACAAGUCGUUCAACCUAAACAAGUUUUGCCUGCUCGUUCUCGAAGUCCAUCACCUAAUCGAGAACCCUGGGUUCCACCACCCGGUCGAUCAACAAAGGGACAAAAAUUUGCUUGGCAGAGUUCAAAAGCGCGUUUAGAAAUCAAUCCCGUUAUUGAUGGUCUUGUUAAUGACGAUGUUGACGGUGAAAGUAGCCAAAAUACUGAACGUAAUAAACAAAAUCUUCAUAAUCAAACAGCAAAUAUUUCAGCGGAACAAGAUGAAAAACUUCAAGAAGAAAUUCGUACAUAUGAAAAACGUAUUCAAGCAUUAAUUGAAAAUGUUGGAAUGCUUAAGGAACGAGCACGAAGUCGUACUAAUCAAGAACAAACAGAUCAACUUCGUUCAGACAUUAAUUCAUGUUUACGGGAUCUCGAACAAUCUCAAAAAAUAUGUAAUCAAAGAACAAAUAAUAUAUUGUCAUCACGCAUUUCUCGUUCAUCAUCACCAAUAAGGAAUAAUUAUCGUUCAUCGAGUGCUGAUGAAAAACGAAGUCAUCGAUUAUUACCUAAAGUAUCUUUUGAAGAUGAUCCUAUUAUUGAAAGAAGACGAGCACGUAGUACAACACCAAUACGAGGUCCACUUUAUUUGAAUCCAGAUCGUGAACGUUUAUUAAUAUCAUUAUCAGACUCUGAAGCUGAUAUCGCACAAAUUACUAAACAAUUAUCAUGUGUUAAAGAUAUUCUAACAAAACUUAAACUCGAACAUCAACCGGUUUCAUUUGAAGUUGAACAAUUAAAUCAACAACGUAAUCAAUUAUUACGUUUAAUUGAACAAUUUGAAUAUUCAAACAAUAAACUUAAAGAUUUCAUUCGUCAUCAAUAUCAUUUAGAAGCUGAACAUGGUAUUAUUAAUGACAAAAAAGAUACCUUGUUAACACGUGUACAUGAACUUCAAAAUGAAAAUGAACAAAUAAGACGUCUUUUACUUGAACGAGAAAAUGAUAAUAUUGCUUUACAAACUGAAUUUGAACGUGUAAGAACACAUGCUAUUGGUUUCGAUACAAUGAAAACAUCAUUAGAACAUAAUCGUGCUCAUCUUCAACGAGAACUUUAUGCAAAAGAAGGAGAAAUUAAUCGACUACAAUGCGUUCUACGGUCAUUAGAACGUGAUUUACAACGUAGUCGUUUUCAAUGUGAUAAUCUUCAACGAACAAUUAAACGUACACCUAUGUUUCCUAUUAAAUCCUGUGCAUCAGUACCCACUGUUGUUGCUAAAACUAAAGGAAUGACUAUUGAAAAAUUACAAACACAAUUAAAUGAUCGUGAUCGUCAAAUAGAUGAACUCGAAAGAAAAUUAUAUGAUAAUAAAAAUGAACAAAUAGUUGAUACAAACUCUGAAAUUAUUCGUUUACGUACAAAACUUGAACAUGCUGAACGUUUAGUUGCUGAAUAUAAAGAACAAUUACAUACUCAAACAUUGAAAACAUCGAUUGAUAAUAGUAAAACUCAUUUAUCUGAAAUAGAAUUAGAAAAAAUGCGUGUUCGAUUACAAAAACGACUUGAAGAACUUGAACCAUUACCAGAAUUAUUACGACAAGCUGAAAUGAAAAAUCAAGAACUUGAAACACGUAUUCUUGAACAAGAAAAACAUUUAGCUGAACAAUCAGCUUUUAUAACUGAGCUUAAUUCAAAAACAAAUGUGCAACAUCAUAUAAUUGAUCGCAUGAAAGAAAAUCAUCAUUCAUUCGAUGAUGAUCAUCGAACACUUCACCAAAAAAUUGAUACACUUCAACGACAAUUGAUUACAUUAGAAGAAGACAAUGCUACUCUAUUAAGAAAUCUCAAUGCUAAAGACGAAGCAUUACGAAAUGCUCAGUCUCGUCUCAAUGCUAAAACACAUGAAUUAGCAUCAAUGAAUAAACAAAUUAAUUUAACACAAACGGAUAUUAAAGCUCGAGAAGAUUCAUUUGGUUCUAAAGAACGUGUUUUUCAACAACGUAUAAAUGAUUUAGAACAACAAAUAUCAAAACUUCGACUUGAAUGUACUCAAUUAAAACGAGAAAAAGAUGAACUUGAACGACGUUAUACAUCCCAAUUAGGUGAAUUACGUGAUAGACUUGAACAAUCAAAUAAUAAUAAUCGAUCUAUGCAAAAUUAUGUUAAUUCUCUUAAAACAACAUAUGCAACUGUAUUUAAUGAUACACUUCCACCACCAUUUACAACAACAUCUUUUACACGAUUUACAACAACACCAAAUGUAUAUCCUUGA